AUGCAAACCUCGCUGUACUUGAAUGCAUCAACACAGAUGAGGAGGGAUGAGAUAAUGCAGAAGCUGUCUUCGAGCAGUGAGGAUGAGAAGAUUGAGGCGAUGCGGCAAAUAGUGAUGCAUAUGAGCCAGGGGAGUGAGUUUUCAUCGAUUACGCUGAAGAUCACAAAGGAGAUAAUGGUAGUGAAGAACAAUGAGCUGAAGAGGUUAUUUUAUUAUUUCAUGGAGAUGCUGCCGAAGUCCAGGGACUCUGAGGUGUUUGGCGAGGUGCUUCUGCUGUCCAAUCAGGUGCGAAAGGAUCUUGAGCAUCCGAACGAGUAUGUUAGAGGGUUUGUGAUGAGGUUUGUUAGCACCUUGUGCGAUCAGGAGCUGAUAGGCAACUUCUACAAGCUUGUAAAGGAUAACUUCAGCCAUCCAAAUGCAUAUGUGAGAAGAAAUGCAUACUUUUGCCUGGGGGAGAUUUUCAGGAAGAUUAAGAUAUACGAUGAAGUUCCUGAUUUGCUGUAUCAUGCACUGCUACGGGACAUUGAUCCGAACUGCUUGAAGCAGGCGUUUGUUUCGCUGCAACUUGCUGACGAGGCACUCACAUGUAAGUAUGUUUCUGAGGUGCCUAUCAGCAUACCAAAUGAGCUUUCGAUGGCAAUAGUUGAUUGGGCAAGAGACAUGAAGGUUCUUGAGAAGUUUCUUGCGAGUGAGGAUGCACAAACAGCAAUGGAGGCAGGAAUCGUUAUCCAUAGGGUGAGCAUGGACGAGGGGCUGUUGAAGAGGAGUCUGGAUGUGAUACUCAGGGGAGUUGAGAAGCUUGCCAGGUACAAGGAGUAUGUGAUUGAUGAGCUGACAAGGCAUUCGGGAUAUGGGUUUUGUGGGUGUGCGAUGAGGUUUCUUGGGCUGGUGGAUGUGUAUGAUCUUGGCUUUUCGUCGAAGUGCAUCGACUUUGUGUUUAAGAUAUCUGAGACGCAUGAGUUUCUUGAGAUAUGUGAUUUUUUGAGUAUGAAGUUCAAAGAGACAAGCGAUGUGUCUGUGCAAAACCAAGCAUUCAAGGUGAUGCUUUUUGAGAAGAUGUCGUGCUUUGCAGAGCAGUACUCGUCGUAUAAUGAGGAGAUGGUUGAGGAGGCUCUGAGAAGUGUUGGCUCUGAGAAUCCCGAGAUGAGCUAUGCCGCGCUUGUGUUUCUUGGAUCGUGCUUUGGGGUGAUGAAGAACGAAACGAAGGGGGAGGAGAGAGCAAGGUAUGAAAGGCAUGUUGAGGCGCUUGUUGAAAAGAUGGAGGAGGCAAAAUAUGGAAAGAUACUGAGGCAUUGCAUGGAAAUAGUGAGGCGGUAUGCAAGCAAGAUGGUUUUUGAGAAGGUUGUUGAUGGGCUAAGCGAGUCUUUUGAGAAGGCAGACAAGCCGUUGUACUUGAGAAGCACACAAGCGUUUCUUGGAUGCUAUUUGUGUAUUGAGCUUUGCGAGAUGUGUAAGCAGCUUGAAGGGCAUAUGAAGGAGAGGGUGAUUGCGGUGAUGCUGAAGUUUAUUUCGUAUGGCAACGAAAGCGGAACGAUGGAUGCUAGCUCGCAUUCGACAAUAAUUGCAUGUAUUCGAUCGCUGGUGUCAGGCAGUGGAAGGAUGGAAGUGAUUUCUGAUAGCUACAGACGAUGCAGGGAAGGAGUGCUUGAUGCGAUUGUACUUCCUGGAUGUAAUGACAAGGAAGAGAAUGGAUUGAGGAGGCUGAGCGAGUUUAUUGAGGAAGGAGAAGCAUGGAAUGGAGGUGUUGAAAAUGUUGUUCAGUUGAGUGGGUUGUCUGAUCCAGUGUAUGCAGAGGGCUUGGUUGGAUACACAAGGUAUGAGGUGGUGGUUGAGAUGAUGCUGAUUAAUCAGACGUCGUCGUAUUUGCAGAAUAUCCUGGUUGACUUUGUAAGCAGCAGGAACCUUGUGGCGUCGUUUGUGUCGAGUCCGUUUUCGUUGUCGAGUAGGUCUGUUGCAGUGAAGAGAUAUGUGUUCAAGAUACAAGAUGCAUCGAGUGGGUUUGUGAGUGGGUCGAUGACGUUCAGGUAUCCUGACGAGAGCGGGGAGUAUGCAAAUACGACAUACAUGAUAAAUUUCUGUGAGAUCAGGACGUCUGUUGCGGAGUUUCUUGAGCCUUGUGAGAUUGCACCGCAUGAGUUCAGGGAGAUGUGGAAGGAUCUUGAGUGGGAGAACACAUAUACGCUGAAGCUCAGUACGAAGAAGCCUCUGGAGGAGAUAUUUGAAGGGGUAAGCAGCGGAGUACGGGGGCGAGUGCUUGAUGUAGAGUAUAACGAUGACUAUGCGGUGGGGAACAUUGUGUGCUUGACGCAGCAGAGUGUGUAUGUGCUUGUGAAUGUGUGUCUUCGCCGUGAGGAGAGUGUGUAUUUUGAGUGCAGGAUCCGAAGCAAGAAGGAGGGGAUAGUGAAGUCGGUAAGCAUGGUGGUUGGGGAUGUACUGAAGUCGUUUAGGAAUAAAUAG